UUUUUUUUUUUGGUGACUCCGUGAGUCCGCGUCCGCCCCGAAUUGUGCUUCCGGUGCGAAGGUCACGGACAAGAUGGUGCCGCCUGUGCAGGUUUCUCCGCUCAUCAAGCUCGGCCGCUACUCCGCCCUGUUCCUCGGCGUGGCCUACGGAGCCAAGCGCUACAGUUACCUGAAACCGCGGGCGGAGGAGGAAAGGCGAAUCGCGGCAGAGGAGAAAAAGAAGCAGGAUGAACUCAAACGGAUUGAGAGAGAAUUGGCAGAAGCCCGCGACGACAGCAUACUGAAGUGAGCCUGCCCGUGUCCGAGCCGUGUGCAUGAAUAAAGCUUCCUGUGUCGCGUGCU